ACCUUGUAUGGAAUUUUUUUCUUUUUUCAAAGGAAACUUGAACUUAACUUCAAAAGAAGAUUUGAUUCUUUAUUUCUGGACUGAAUAUAUAUAACAAGACCAUCAGAAUGUCGGGAGCCUCAGUGAAGGUGGCUGUCCGUGUGCGACCCUUCAAUUCUCGAGAGACGAGCAAAGAGUCCAAAUGCAUCAUUCAGAUGCAAGGCAACUCAACUAGUAUUAUUAACCCAAAGAACCCAAAGGAAGCUCCAAAGUCCUUCAGCUUUGACUACUCUUACUGGUCUCACACCUCGCCCGAAGAUCCCUGUUUUGCAUCUCAAAACCGUGUGUACAAUGAUAUUGGAAAGGAAAUGCUCUUACAUGCCUUUGAGGGAUAUAAUGUCUGUAUUUUUGCCUAUGGGCAGACUGGUGCUGGGAAGUCUUACACAAUGAUGGGUAAACAAGAAGAAAGCCAGGCUGGCAUCAUUCCACAGUUAUGUGAAGAACUGUUUGAGAAAAUCAACGACAACUGUAAUGAAGAAAUGUCUUAUUCUGUAGAGGUGAGCUACAUGGAAAUUUACUGUGAAAGAGUACGAGACUUACUGAAUCCAAAAAACAAGGGUCAUUUGCGUGUGCGUGAACAUCCACUUCUUGGCCCGUAUGUGGAGGAUCUGUCAAAGUUGGCAGUCACUUCCUACACAGACAUUGCUGACCUCAUGGAUGCUGGGAACAAGGCCAGGACAGUGGCAGCUACCAACAUGAAUGAAACAAGUAGCCGUUCCCACGCUGUGUUUACCAUUGUUUUCACCCAGAAAAAACAUGAUUCUGAGACCAACCUUUCCACUGAGAAGGUCAGUAAAAUCAGCUUGGUGGAUCUAGCAGGAAGUGAACGAGCUGAUUCGACUGGUGCCAAAGGAACUCGAUUAAAGGAAGGAGCAAAUAUUAAUAAGUCUCUUACAACUCUGGGUAAAGUUAUUUCAGCCUUGGCGGAGGUGGAUAACUGCACCAGCAAGAGUAAGAAGAAGAAGAAAACUGAUUUUAUUCCUUACAGAGAUUCUGUACUGACAUGGCUUCUUCGAGAAAAUCUAGGUGGCAAUUCUCGGACUGCAAUGGUUGCUGCUCUGAGCCCUGCAGAUAUCAACUAUGAUGAAACCUUGAGCACUUUGAGAUAUGCAGAUCGUGCAAAACAGAUUAAAUGCAAUGCUGUUAUCAAUGAGGACCCCAAUGCCAAACUGGUUCGUGAAUUAAAGGAGGAGGUGACACGACUGAAGGACCUUCUUCGUGCUCAGGGGCUGGGAGACAUUAUUGAUAUUGAUCCAUUGAUCGAUGAUUACUCUGGAAGUGGAGGCAAAUAUCUGAAAGAUUUUCAGAACAAUAAGCAUAGGUACUUGCUAGCCUCUGAGAAUCAACGUCCUGGCAAUUUUUCCACAGCAUCCAUGGGGUCCCUUACUUCAUCUCCAUCUUCCUGCUCACUCAAUAGUCAAGUGGGCUUAACAUCUGUGACCAGUAUUCAGGAGAGAAUCAUGUCUACACCCGGAGGAGAGGAAGCCAUUGAACGCCUAAAGGAAUCAGAGAAGAUCAUUGCUGAGUUGAAUGAAACCUGGGAAGAGAAGCUUCGUAAAACAGAGGCCAUCAGAAUGGAGAGAGAGGCCUUGUUGGCUGAGAUGGGAGUUGCCAUUCGGGAAGAUGGAGGAACCCUGGGGGUUUUCUCACCUAAAAAGACCCCACAUCUUGUUAACCUCAAUGAGGACCCACUGAUGUCUGAAUGCCUGCUUUAUUACAUCAAAGAUGGAAUUACAAGGGUUGGCCAAGCAGAUGCUGAGCGGCGCCAGGACAUCGUGCUGAGUGGGGCUCACAUUAAAGAAGAGCACUGUAUCUUCCGGAGCGAGAGAAACAACAGUGGGGAUGUUAUUGUGACCCUGGAGCCCUGUGAACGUUCAGAAACCUAUGUAAAUGGCAAGAGGGUGGCCCAGCCUGUUCAGCUGCGCUCAGGAAACCGCAUCAUCAUGGGUAAAAACCAUGUGUUUCGUUUUAACCACCCGGAGCAAGCACGGGCUGAGCGGGAGAAGACUCCUUCUGCUGAGACCCCCUCUGAGCCUGUGGACUGGACCUUUGCCCAGAGGGAGCUUCUGGAAAAACAAGGAAUUGAUAUGAAACAGGAGAUGGAAAAAAGGCUACAGGAAAUGGAAAUCUUAUACAAAAAGGAGAAGGAAGAAGCAGAUCUUCUCUUGGAGCAACAGAGACUGGACUAUGAGAGUAAAUUGCAGGCCUUGCAGAAGCAGGUGGAGACCCGAUCCCUGGCUGCAGAAACAACUGAAGAGGAAGAGGAGGAGGAAGAAGUUCCUUGGACACAACAUGAAUUUGAGCUGGCCCAGUGGGCUUUCCGGAAAUGGAAGUCUCACCAGUUUACCUCAUUAAGGGACUUACUCUGGGGCAAUGCUGUUUACCUGAAGGAGGCCAACGCCAUCAGUGUGGAAUUAAAGAAGAAGGUGCAGUUUCAGUUUGUUCUGCUGACUGACACAUUGUACUCCCCUUUGCCUCCUGAAUUACUUCCCACUGAGAUGGAAAAAACUCAUCAAGACAGGCCUUUCCCUCGUACAGUGGUGGCAGUUGAAGUCCAGGAUCUGAAGAACGGAGCAACACAUUAUUGGUCUUUGGAGAAACUGAAGCAGAGGCUGGACUUGAUGCGAGAGAUGUAUGACAGGGCAGGUGAGAUGGCCUCCAGUGCCCAGGAUGAGAGUGAAGCCACCAUGACCGGCAGUGAUCCGUUUUAUGAUCGGUUCCAUUGGUUCAAACUUGUAGGAAGCUCCCCCAUUUUCCACGGCUGUGUGAAUGAGCGCCUUGCUGACCGCACACCCUCCCCCACUUUUUCCACGGCCGAUUCCGACAUCACUGAGCUGGCUGACGAGCAGCAAGAUGAGAUGGAGGAUUUUGAUGAUGAGGCGUUCGUGGAUGACACCGGCUCUGACGCAGGGACGGAGGAGGGAUCAGAUCUCUUCAGUGACGGGCAUGACCCGUUUUACGACCGAUCCCCAUGGUUCAUUUUAGUGGGAAGGGCAUUUGUUUACCUGAGCAACCUGCUGUACCCCGUGCCCCUGAUUCACAGGGUGGCCAUUGUCAGUGAGAAGGGUGAAGUGCGGGGAUUUCUGCGUGUGGCUGUACAGGCCAUUGCAGGGGAUGAAGAAGCUCCUGAUUAUGGCUCUGGAAUCCGACAGUCAGGAACAGCUAAAAUAUCUUUUGAUAAUGAGUGCUUUAAUCAGAGUGACUUUUCUUCAGUUGCAAUGACUCGCUCUGGUUUAUCCUUGGAGGAGCUGAGGAUUGUGGAAGGGCAGGGUCAGAGUUCUGAGGUCAUCACUCCUCCAGAAGAAAUCAAUCGAAUGAAUGACUUGGAUUUGAAGUCAAGCACUUUGUUGGAUGGUAAGAUGGUAAUGGAAGGAUUUUCUGAAGAGAUUGGCAACCACCUGAAACUGGGCAGUGCCUUCACUUUCCGUGUAACAGUGUUGCAGGCUAGUGGGAUCCUCCCAGAGUAUGCAGACAUCUUCUGUCAGUUCAACUUUUUGCAUCGCCAUGAUGAAGCGUUCUCCACUGAACCCCUCAAAAACAACGGCAGAGGAAGUCCUCUGGGCUUUUAUCACGUGCAGAAUAUUGCAGUGGAGGUUACGGAAUCAUUUGUGGAAUAUAUCAAAACCAAGCCUAUCGUGUUUGAAGUCUUUGGGCAUUAUCAGCAGCACCCGCUUCACUUGCAAGGACAGGACCUUAGCAGCCCACCUCAGCCAUCUCGACGAUUCUUCCCACCACCCAUGCCACUCUCCAAGCCAGUUCCAGCUACCAAGUUAAAUACCAUGAGCAAAACCAGCCUCGGCCAGAGCAUGAGCAAGUACGAUCUUCUGGUUUGGUUUGAAAUUAGUGAAUUGGAGCCUACAGGAGAGUACAUCCCAGCUGUGGUUGACCAUACAGCAGGCUUACCCUGCCAGGGGACAUUUUUGCUUCACCAGGGCAUCCAGAGAAGGAUCACAGUGACCAUUAUCCAUGAGAAGGGUAGUGAACUCCAUUGGAAGGAUGUCCGUGAGCUGGUGGUAGGCCGAAUCAGGAAUCGGGCUGAGGUGGAUGAAGCUGCAAUUGAUGCCAUCCUCUCCCUAAAUAUUAUCUCUGCCAAGUACCUGAAGUCGUCCCACAACUCUAGCAGGACCUUCUAUCGUUUUGAGGCCGUGUGGGAUAGCUCCCUCCACAACUCCCUCCUCCUGAACCGAGUGACGCCCUAUGGGGAGAAGAUCUACAUGACCUUGUCGGCCUACCUAGAGCUGGAUCAUUGCAUCCAGCCAGCUGUCAUCACCAAGGACGUGUGCAUGGUCUUCUAUUCCCGGGAUGCCAAGAUCUCACCGCCACGCUCCCUGCGCAGCCUCUUCGGCAGCGGCUAUUCAAAGUCACCAGACUCUAAUCGAGUCACUGGAAUUUAUGAACUCAGCUUAUGCAAAAUGGCAGACACAGGCAGUCCAGGCAUGCAGAGGAGGAGAAGAAAGAUCCUGGACACCUCGGUGGCGUACGUGCGAGGGGAAGAGAACUUGGCGGGCUGGCGGCCCCGCGGAGACAGCCUCAUCCUCGAGCACCAGUGGGAGUUGGAGAAGCUGGAGCUCCUGCACGAGGUGGAGAAAACCCGCCACUUCCUGCUGCUCCGUGAGAGACUUGGUGACAGCAUCCCCAAAUCCCUAAGCGACUCGUUGUCCCCCAGUCUCAGCAGCGGGACCCUCAGCACUUCCACCAGCAUCUCCUCUCAGAUCUCAACCACCACCUUUGAAAGUGCCAUCACACCCAGUGAGAGCAGUGGCUACGAUUCAGCGGACAUUGAAAGCCUGGUGGAUCGAGAGAAAGAGCUGGCCACCAAGUGCCUGCAACUUCUCACCCACACUUUCAACCGAGAAUUCAGCCAGGUGCACGGCAGCAUCAGUGACUGUAAGUUGUCUGACAUCUCUCCGAUCGGACGGGAUCCCUCUGUGUCCAGUUUUAGCAGCGCUACCCUCACUCCCUCCUCCACCUGCCCCUCUCUGGUAGACGCUAGGAGCAACUCUUUGGAUCAGAAGACUCCUGAAGCCAAUUCCCGAGCCUCUAGUCCCUGCCCAGAAUUUGAACAGUUUCAGAUUGUCCCAACUGUGGAAACACCCUAUUUGGCCCGAGCAGGAAAAAAUGAAUUUCUCAAUCUUGUUCCAGAUAUUGAAGAAAUCAGGCCAGGCUCAGUGGUCUCUAAGAAAGGAUAUCUGCAUUUCAAGGAGCCACUCUCCAGCAACUGGGCUAAACAUUUUGUCGUGGUCCGUCGCCCUUAUGUCUUCAUCUAUAACAGUGACAAAGACCCAGUGGAGCGUGGCAUCAUUAACCUGUCCACAGCUCAGGUGGAAUACAGUGAGGACCAGCAGGCCAUGGUGAAGACACUGAACACCUUUGCUGUAUGCACAAAGCACCGUGGGGUCCUUUUGCAGGCUCUCAAUGACAAAGACAUGAAUGACUGGUUAUAUGCCUUCAACCCACUCCUUGCUGGCACAAUUCGGUCGAAACUCUCCCGCAGAUGCCCGAGCCGAGCCAAGCCAAGUACUAAUUGACUGCCGAGCGCCCUCAUCGCCUUCGAGAGAUAAAGGAAGUGUUACCUCUCAUUUCUCUUUGUGAUUUUUGACGGUGACUCUUGUGUGUGAUCCUGUGGCUUAACUCCUUGUCCCUCUUGUCCAGCACUUUUUCUAGCGCUCCUGUUCCCCAUCCCCGUUGCUCUGUACUCUUUUCUUUUUCCUGUGCUGAGAAUCUCAUUAGGAGCAUGUGGCCUAACAAAAGGGAAAAACAAACAAAAACCAGAAACCCAGAGGAAAUCCAGUGAAUCUACAAAUUACUUUUUGGUGUGUUUUGGCUUCUUUUGUAUGAUAGGUCCCCAUUGCGACCACUCUGAUGUCUGUACUGCUGUCUUUGGAGAUCUCUGUCUGUUUUUUAAGACAACGUAAUAUUUAUUUCUCUUUUCUAUUUGUGACAUAAUUUUAAUUUUUCUUGGGUAGCUUAGAGACUAAAGGAGGAGACAUCUGGUCUUUUUAGAACCUAAGAGGAAAAAGAGUUAACCUUUCCCCCUUCUGUCUCUUUUUGCCAUUGCUAAUCCCUGCAUUUUCCAUUCAGGGAAAAGGUUGUAGUGAGUUUAGAAAUGGGACAGGUUAUGUUCUCUGAAACUGGGGCUUAUUUAGAACAUAGCCGUGUAAUUUUCAUUUAGUGGAAGAGAGGACUCUUUAGCAGGUGUGGGACAGUGGCUGCUGUUGACCCUGUAAGAAGGGAAGAGCCGAGGACACUGCCAGUGGAUUUCAGAGGACCGUGGACUUGGCAGUGGGCUGUGGAGGUGGGCGGCCAGUGGGACACUUGUCGUUGUCACAGCAGGGCUCCUCUGACUCCACCGGGAGGGAGCCUCUCCUCUCAGUCUCUCAGUCCUGUUCUUGGCAUGAGUAGUUGUGGUGGUACAGUUGGAAUUAGUGCCGCGAUGUCAUACACAAGGAGGGCGUGUUUCAGUUUCUGGUGAUGAAUUUGACGGCCUCUGUUAUCAUCAUAAUUAGGAUAAUGCCGGGUAGUGACGUUACGAUUGUUGUCACUCUGCUAAUCAAAGACAUGUAGCUCUUACGUAUGAACUUGGAAGUCUCCGUCUAAAUCCAGUGGUCAUGUUCAAUGACCCUUGUCAAAUUGAAAAUACUCUGAAUGAUGCUUGUCUCCCUAUAUUCAUAAAUAAGCAGACAUGACGGGCAUUGCUUCCUGGGUCCCAGGAUUAUAACUGGUGUCCUCCCAUCACUAAAAAGAAAAGGACCCCUACCUGGGGGCUGAGAAGAGGGUCCACCUGAGCCCUGGCCCCAGGCCUAACUGCUUGCAUCCUGCUCCUUGGUUGUCUCCGUCUGGAAAAAAGCCAGAGGAGAAGGGCGGCGGCUCACUGCUGACAGUCUCCUCCUCCGGCAGAGCAGGGUCUGCUCCCAGGGCCGUCUUGGAGGAUGUCUUCCUCUUUCAGCUGCAAGGAGUUUACGGGAGGGAUGUGGGGAAGACGGCCUCCCAUUACUUCCGUCGCUUCGCCAGUUGACACAGGGUUAUUCUAUACUGUCCUUCACCUCCCUUGCCCACACCUCUGUCUGCCCGUCCCUCAGGCAUUCAGAAAAGUAUCUGCUUGCUCCCACACGGCUGAGACCUGGGGUCCUCAGCCGCCAGGUUGCUGACUCUCGGGCAGCGAAGGGGAAGGGCCUGUGCACUGUGCGGAAUGGUGGCUGGGCAGGCUCGUAUUCACCCAGCCCCUUGCUUCUGACUUCCUGGCUGGGCUCGCUCCCAGCUUCGUUCAUCAUAACUGCCUUGCAAAGAGGAGGAAACGUGAGUCGCAAAGAGCUUAACAAAAGAAAGGAUAGAAAUCAAAGGCUGUGACCUUGCCUAAAAAAUGAUCAAUUAUCAAUUAAAACUCUACAGUAGAUUUUUUUUUAACUUUCUUUCUCUCCUUAAAACAUAGGUCACUAACUAUAAUGUUAUUUGUUUCCUAAGUGGUAUAUGAGACUUUUAAUGUAGUUAGAGGUUUCUUGUCUGAUGGACACAAUGUGCCCUUCGGGUGUACCAGGGUCUGUCAGUGCUUAGAGACGGCUUCCUGGGCUGACAUUAAAUCUAAUUUCAGGGACAUGAAGAUGAGAUUUGAAGGUUACUUUCAGAAUUAAAUCAUGGAUGCUGCUGCUGUUACAAAGUCUGAUCGGAGGAUCCAUGUCUGUGGCACCAGGAGGUGGAGACAGUGGUGGGAGAAUAACACCUGUGAUACGCUGAGAUGACUUCUGUUUUUCCUUCUAACUCAAACAAAACUGGCUUGGAAAGUCUUUGCUUUGGAGAGGGUGUCAGAUACUAGCACAGGCCCAGCUGGACUGUUUGUAACAUCCCCAGGUGAGAAGGCCUUGUGAGGAAGCAGGGGUCCUGGGCAGGUGGGCUUCCCACCACCUAGGGGCCUCAGCUGUGGCUGCAGGUACAGACAGCCUCUGUAGGUACUGCUUUCUCUGGGGGCCCAGUUUCAGAUUGGAGCUGGAGCAGUUUCAGGAUUGAUGUUCCCUUUGUAGACAGGGCCGUCUCCACUUUGAAGCUCUGAGAAUCUAUGUUAGGAACUAUUUAUGAGGCUUUAGCUGAAUCCAUAAUGGCAGAAAAGUUGAAAUAACUCGAACCUUUAAGGAAACCACCUUUUGAGGUUUGUUUUGUUUUGUUUUAACCUAAAGCACUCAUUUAAACAAGCCAUAAAGGGCAAGAAAGAACACUCUUAUGCCAGUUAAGGAGAAAUGAGUGCCACGUAAAGGUAACAAUCCCCUCCCCUCUUCCCCCAUCAUUCUGUGUCCUGCCAAAGCAAAACGUGGCCUCACAGCUGCCACCAAACCAGUGCUGACACCUUCCUUGUCGCUGCGCCACCCUGGGGGUCAGUCAGCUCUCAGGCCAGGCUGUGCAGGGCCAGCCAGCUCGAGCACACGCCAGGCGCACGGCCGGGGCUGCUGCUGGCGGCCGGGUGGACACCUGAAUCCCGAAGCGUAUUUGUAACAUGGCGAAGGCGAGGGAAUUAUUUCUCCCAACUGAAAAACCGCUGCUUUUUUUCCCCUUCAGCUACAUAGAACUCACAUGACUACUCAUAUUUUUGAUGGGAUUUUUCAGCUCUUUUACAAUGGAGGAGUAAAUUGAAUCAUUGUGAAAGAUCUUUUGGUAUCUAAAAAUAAAAUGACUUCUCCUGGCACAUAUAUCAAAGCAAAGACUUUGUUGCCUGCUGCUUGCUAUCUGAUUUACAGGGAUAUUUAAUUUUGUAGGUAUUUGUAUAUUUAUACCGCUGUAAUUAAUUGCACAUUGAACUGGAAAAGCAAGGAUGACCUGGCGUGAGGCACCUAUCGGUACUUGGCAUCCCCUCGUCUGGGCUCCACUCGGUUCUCCAGGACAGUAUCAGGGCUUGUUCGUUUCUUGUUUGACUUGGGUCCUUCGUUUUUCCUUUUGGUUCCCUUUUUAAAAUGUGAUUGUUAACCUGCUCUUUAAAAAGAAGAGACUAAUUUUGCUGCUGCUCUCAGAAGGUUUGCUGAAUGUAUUUGAAGUAGGGCUCUAACUCGUGUGCACUGCAGCUGUCCACCGGCCAGUGAGGAUCCACCCAGGUGUGCGGCCAGACCCUGACUGUGCGUAGCGGGAAUGUAUGAUCUGUGCUUCCUUAGUAAACGGAAAUACCAGCUGAGAGAUUAUCUGCUGCUGUUGUUCAAAAGGCCAUUUAUGAAACUGGUGUUUGAGCCCCAUAAAAUCUUAGGAAAGCCUCUGAUCAUUCAAAGGAAGAAAUUAAAGUUGAUACAGAUUUCAUGUUAAAAACUCAGCCACACGGCUUGUGCUCAGAUGGAAAGUCCGAGCUGAGGUUGGUCUCUUGCCAAACCCUGGCUGUCACGUGUCGUUUUCAUGUCUUCGAGUUAAUUUUUUUCAUGCCGCGUAUUCUGGCACCAGUUCACCUGAGGAAUCCAUCAGCCUUCCCACAAACUGUCUUAGACUCUGUGGCUCUAAAGAAAUUGUCUGUUGAGAUUUCAGGUCUCUUGUCACCAUCCUCGUGCACUACAGCAAAACCCGUGAAGCAUAAGUGGCCUUUUUGAACCAAGACUUUGCAAACUGAUCUCUCCCCAGUGAAGGAGUUGAGCACAUUAGCAACAAUGUACAUUAUUAAUUUCAUAUUUUCAUUUUCAUGUUUUAUUAUGUAAAUAUUAUCUGAUGUUUGGAGCUUGAGUAUACAGAAUGUAAAUAUAGUUCUUGUAUUUGUACUAAUUCUGGUUCUUUGCUGUAUAGCUUAGGUGUGCAAUGCAGACAUCAUCUAACUGUGUAUGGUAACCUGCAUCACGGAACUGUUAGUGAACGAGGUAAAAACAAUAAAGGUACAACCAGUGCAUCAGAA